GUUUUGAGGUGGAGAUAUGUAAAUACAGCAGAGAUUUCUGUCCUGCCCAGCAAGUUUACUGACACGAUUCAUGUGUACUUCCUCCAGUGCAGGGAUUGAAUUGUUUCAGUUACAGUUUCCUCUAACAACAUUAUACAACUUUGGGAAUGAUCAUUAUUACAAAAUGAAUUCAAUGACUUGGAUCCAGCAUAGAGCACUAACGUUGUGAAACUCUGACAUUAAGGAAAUAACUUUUUAUUAUUCGGAAAUUUACUGGAACUAAGAGCCAUAUCCCAAGAUUUUGUUUUUUUAUUGGAUAAGUCUAUAAAACUACAGCAACAGCCAUGCUUAAACAGAUAUUAGCUGAUAUGUACAUUGACCCAGAGCUGCUGGCAGAACUUAGUGAAGAACAGAAACAGAUCCUGUUCUUUAAGAUGCGAGAAGAACAAGUACGAAGAUGGAAAGUGAGGGAGGCAAAAUAUGAACAUAACGAAGAAAUACAGAAGAGCCACAAAAUAAAGAAAGCUUCUCAGAGAAAUGUAAAUUGGAAUCUUGGCACAGAUCAAGAAGUCUGGGUCUGGGUAAUGGGAGAACAUUCAUCAGACAAACCGUAUGAUGUAAUCUGUGAUGAAAUUAUUGCAGAACAAGCGCGCAAGCAAGCAGAGAAAGAAGCAGAGGAACGGAGGAAAGCACAAGAGGAAGAAUUAUCUAAACUGUCCGAAGCCUUAACACUGCACACUCAGAGCGAAACUGUGGAAAGAUGGAAGGAAAAUGUUGAAAUCAAGAAAAUAGCCAAACUAGAGAAACAAAAAAGAAUAACUGAGGAAAAUCAGUCUGUCACAGAGACACCAAAACCAAGAUCAGUCGAAGAUAUAUUGGCAUCUUCCGCAAGGCAUUUUGAAAAGUGUGGUCUGCAGCAGAAGAAAUCUGUUGUAAUCAAUGCACAAGCAAAAGAAAAUGAAACAUUAGAAGAAAGAACUCAAGAAAUUUACAUGAACUGGAAAGAAUCUCAAGAAGUCAGACAGAAAUUGGAGAAGGAGGAUUCUGAGUGGCAAGAAUCCUUAAGAAAAUCCAAGGCAGCUGAUGAAAGGCGGCGGUCUAUGGCCAAGCAGGCCCGCGAUGACUAUAAGCGGCUAUCAAUGCAGGCUAUAGAAAGAGGUAGCGUGGCUGAAAAGGCAAAAAAUUUUGGAACAGAAAUUAAACGACCCCCUCUACCACCAAAGCCAAAAGUAACAACAUCAGUAAACAGCAACUGUGCGAUCAGCAGAUCUGAGAGGAGACAGGGCAUAAGAAGACUAAACUCCAGCUGCACUCGUGAGAACAUCAUCAAAUGGUAUAAAGAAGAGCAGCUUCCUGUGCUGGCAGGAUGGGACAGAUCUGGAACCCACAUUGCCCCAUGGUUUCACGGCAUCAUAUCUAGACCAGAGUCAGAAGACAUAUUAAAGAGCCAUGUACCAGGGAGCUUCCUGAUCCGUGUGAGUGAGAAGAUCCAUGGGUAUGUCCUCACCUACCGCCAUGAAGAUGAAUGUAUGCACUUCCUCAUAGACGCUUCUGGCACUUCGUGCAGCUUCCUGGGAGUAGACCAGCUGCAGCAUGCAACUCUGGCUGACCUCGUUGAGUAUCACAAGAUUGAGCCCAUUACUUCACUGGGGAAGGAGCUGCUCCUGUACCCAUGUGGCCAGCGGGAAAAUACCUGUGACUACACUGAACUCAUGGAGUGACGACCUUCACUUAUCCUGAAAUAACACACUGCCUAGAAGAACAAAACUAACUCUUUACUGCACGUUGCUAGUCAUAGUGCCAGGAACAUGACACCUUUUUUUCAGUUGACCGGCAAAACGUUAUGAAAUCAGAUCUCCAGUCAUAUAAAUCCCAGUCUGGAAACAUGGGAUAGGACGAAUGUGUAGAAACAGACUUGCAGAUGACUAACAUAUGUUCAUAUCAUGCAAAGUGUGUGGCUUGGAAGGGACCCAGGCUCCGGUCUUAUUAUUUUAGGAUAGACACAUUUAAAGAGAUGUUGAAAACCACAAGUCAUAAAUUACUGGAACUGUCUGCAGUACAUUGUGAUGAAAUGUUUGAGUUAUAUGUUUUAUGAUACACGACAAUUGGUCAUUAAAAUGACAUUGACAUAU